AUGCGCCUUAGACCUCCGGCCCGAGUCCGGCCACCCAGCCUCAGAACCCGAGCGAACCUGCUGGAGGCUCCUCGCCGUCCCGGUCCCCGCCCCCGAACGGGCGUGGUCUCCGAGACAGGCGUGCAGCACCGCCCCCGGCCCGCGGCUGGGGAAACCCGCGGACCCGGGUCUCCCGCCACGCCGAGUCCGCCUCCGACGGGAAGGCGCGGAGAACAGCCGGGCUCCGACGCCCCGUCCGCCCGGCCUUUCCGCGCAGCCCACCGUCGCCUCCAAGUCUCCCAACGCCCCCCGCGCCCGGGAUGCCGGCGUCCCCUCACCGUGGUCUCUCGGAGAGGUGGAAGCUGCGGAGGGCCCCUGGAGUGCGGGCGCGCCUCGAGUCCCCAGCCGCACCCCACCCUGCGGCUUAGAGUCCCCGCCGAGCCGCCGGCCUUGCCCCUUAGCCGGGCUCCAGUUGGGAGGGGGCCACCCCCGCGCGCCUCUCUCGCUGCCAGGCCCCCACCCGCGCCCGCCCGUCUCUCCACUACUGGGCGGCCACCUGCGAAGUAUCUCCGCCUUGGCCGGCCCCUGGGAGGUUUGCAAAGCCCAAGGGAGAGAAAGCCUCAGGGGUUCGAGUCCUCCGGCCAGCUUGACCCUCUUCUCUGGUGGUGUAUGCUGGGUCUGAGAAGUUGA